AUGUGUCUGGCUGCUGGGUUCUCUCCUAAAGAGGGAACAAUGUCUCUGAGUUUGGAAAAAACGGGCCAGCUUUCUAGUCACAGUGUUAGUACAGCUGUACUAUCUAAAAGUGGGACUUACUACUAUGCUGCCUUUUCCACUGACGGCAUUAAGGAGUGUGAAUUUAUGAAGGAAACAGCUUCCAAAGUAAAAUUAGUAAAAUCAACACCACCUCCCCAAGAGGAAUGUCCCCAGAUUGAUAAUACUGCUGUCAUUACCAACACCAAUAACACCAGAGUUUCUAGUGAUCCGAAAGGAAAGUCCAUGACCGUGCUCGUAAAUGGACUUCGACUUCUGCUGGCCAAAGCUGUUGCGUUAAAUGUAAUGAUGACAAUUAAAGCCUUUCUGAUCUAA